AUGAUAAGUGUCGGACUGGCUGCAUACAAACCACCUGGCACAGAAUUCGUUUGGUUCACGACAUCAUUCACGUUAAUUAUUGGUUGUAUCACGAUUCUCUUGUUCGCACUGGGAAUCGAAAAUUUAAUCAUUCCAACUUCAUGUUUCACGUGGCCAAUCUUUGAAGCUGCAUAUUCAGUAUUGGCUUCAAUUUUAUACUUUGUAUCAUUAUGGCUGUGCAUUAAUGGUGCGGACUUCAAUGACAAUCCAACACCAUUCACUACUGCCUCCCUGUUGUCAUUCCUACUUGUGAUCAUCUAUGGUGUGUUGGCAUGUACAGCAUUGCGAAUGGAUGAUGGCACUAAAUCCGAGAGAACCACUUUGCAUCCGGACGUAACAGUUGCUGCUGACUACCAGCAGUUCUGA